GAGGUGCAGGGACACUAGUAUCAUCCAAAAAAUUAUUAAGGCCCUAACAAAUAAAAGAAAAGAUUGCUCAGAUGUUGGGGACUCUCACCGCCCAAACAGAGACACUAAACCAUGUCCAUGGUCUAAUGGAGGCCUUCAGAGCUUUUGAUUCAAACAACGACGGCUCUAUCACUGAGGCUGAGCUUGGUGGCAUAAUGGGGUCGCUGGGUUACAACCCGGGUGAGCAAGAAGUUAGGGCUAUGAUGCAGGAGGCAGACGUGGACAAGGAUGGUCUUCUGAGCUUGGAAGAGUUCCUGGAGUUGAACACCAAGAAUAUGGAGCUUGGUGGGCUCGGAAACUUUCUCAUGAACGCAGCUGAGGCACUGAACAACAACAAUAAUAAUGGUGGUGAUGGAGUUUGUGAUCAUAUGGUUACUGGGGAAGAGCUGUUUCAGGUUUUGGAGAGCUUAGGAGUGGUCAAAUUUGGCCUUGAGGAUUGCCAGAAUAUCAUUGCUUCCAUGGAUAUGGAUGGGGAUGGAGCUGUUAGCUUAGAAGACUUUAAUCUUGUUGUCACCUCUCUCCUCUAGAUCAUAUAUAUAUAUAUAUAUAUAUAUGUUUAUCAUUAUAAAUAAAUUAUGGACCAUGCAAGUUAUACGUACGUAAACAUAAUGUAGAAAUGGGCAGAAAAACCAGCUUUGUUAUGUGUUGUUGACCAGUCGAUGAUCGGUUCAGGUGAUUCUAGCUAGAGCCCUGUUGGGACUCUAAUAAAUAAUUAAUAAGAUCACCUGUUUGUUUGUGUAUCAUUAAUAUAUAUAAAGUGUAAGACAUAUAUAUUUAUAUAUUUAUAUAUAUCCUAGCUAGAGAGAGACUCUUUUUGGACAAUAAUAAAUAAUAACGAUUAUUGCAUGUC